UGCAUAUUUGCUGAGUAUUUUUUGUGUAUUUUAUUGUAAUUAAUUUUGAUCGACAAUAAACUAGUCGUGAUACAAUUGGAUACCAUGAUUGUUUUCGUGAGGUCGUUCGAUAUACUUAAACGUUACUUAUAACAUAUCGCUGAUCUACUGUGGUAUUUAAGGUAGUAGAUCAUGUCUGAGCCAUUCCUCAUCAAACACCGGUCAAAUGGGAAGUUUUUCCAUCCCGAUGGUGGAAAGAGCAACCCUGGCAAUGGCACAAGUGUCGUUCUCCACAGCGACAUACACGCCAACAUGCACUGGCGCUUUCGCAAAGAAACGGACUACUGGGGCUACAUCGAACACGUCGCCAGUGGCAAGUGCAUCCAUCCGAAUGGCGGCAGUCUGACUCCCGGGAACGGAACUAGGCUGGUCAUCCACAGUGACCGCCACUAUGGCGCACUUUUUGCUCUCGAUAGCAAAAACGAUCACGUUAUUCACAAGGGCGGCAGAUAUGCGCAUCCAGAUGGUGGACGUCCUGACCCCGGUAAUGGAACUACUGUCGUCCUCCAUUCUGACAUACACGACGCCAUGCGCUUCCAGUUUGUAUCACCAAAAGACCCUAGUAAAGAGAUCCUUGUGUACGGUAGCCCAAACGUCAUCGGUAAAUGGGAGAUAAUCAACGCCGUCAUCAACCCGAAGGCCGAGCAUAAGAGUACAAUAUCUGUCAAGAUUGGCAAGUCCAAGACGGAAAGCACGACUUCUACGUUUGAAUACAAAUGGGAGUCCUCAUUCGGCGUGGCGAUUAAGGCAAUCACAGCCUCCGUGAGUCAAUCGGUGAGGUUUAUGAUUGAGAAAACUUCGUCUGAAACAUGGACAGAGGAAAAAACAAGAACAAAGGAGAUUACCGUGUCACCUGGGAACACCGUCGUAACCUGGCAGUACAAGUUCGCCGUGGAGCAGAAUGAUUCACGUGCCCUGUUCCAGAGUAAUCUAUUGGCUGACACCGACAGCGAGACCACUGUUCCACGUGAAUUCAAAUACAGCGUCUAAUCAGCUUAGACUUGUUGACAACGAAACCGUUACGCUUGGAUAGUUAAUCAGCAUAUUAAACACUUAUAUAUAGCUCAUCAAAGAUCCACUAGCCAUAUGUAAACCUAGUAAACAUACGUUAAAGACAUAUUUGAACUGAAUACAUUUUAUAAACCUAUUCUUUCAAAUGAAACAUGAUCAAUUGAUUUCAUACAUAUGAUAAACGCUCUUUAAGGUAGAUGAAGAAAGAUAAAUGUGAUUAUAAUAAGCACAAAUAUAUCGGCCCUACUUAAUCAUGUAUCCAAUACCUAUAAGAUUCUUAAUUCAAGUUUCUUAAGUUUGAACCGCUUUAAAUCAGUUAAAUACAUAUUCAUUAUGUAAGAAAUGCUUAAAUAUAUGCUAAUAGACGUCGCUUAUAACAGUUUCAGUAAGCAAUUCCAUGCCUUCAUUUACUUAGGGUCUGUUGAAGCAAAUGUCUUUAAAAUGCAAAUACAAUACAAAUUAUACCCACGAUUCAAGGGACGGAAUGAAAAUAGAACUUUAAUAUGAUGCUCUUUCAAGCCUGAAAAUGCCUCCCAGAACUUCUAUCAACAGAUUCCAGAUAUAUACAAGAUUUGUGCUCUAGUUACUCUUUCUUUGGUAUAAAAGUGAAAACAAAUCUGCAUGGUUUUGUGGCAUCAUACCACGAAACACAAAAAAACUGAUAUCUUCAAAAUAUAUUUUCUAGUUUGUUUUUAUUGUAAAAUUGAAAAUAAAUCUGCAUGGUGCUGAAAAAAACA